AUGAAAAACGCCGUCAAUACGCCUUAUGGCACAAGAACCAUCUGCCUAGUUUCUAGGCUCCACACUGGAAAACUUGUUGUAGGAUUCUCCUCUUAUAUCAGUCAAGUGCAGAAGCCGUUGACCUUCCUUCUUGUUUUGAAGAUAAGACCCGACGCGUCGCGACAGUUGGUCCAGCUCCUGGAAAGCUCCGCCUAUUUUUCCGAGGGGUGGGCCGUUGAAGCCUGCGAUAAGCGACUUCUUCGGCUUCUCUCUUUUUCGACGGAAAUAAACGCCUCGAAAAGGCUCUUUGACUUUUUUGAAUCGACCGGCCCCGACGUGCGUGGGUUCCCUCCAUGA